ACCUCCUGGUGAUGAUGCAGAAAGGAAGCUCCCGAUGUGCGGGGAAGGAAUGUCCACAUUAUUCCUCCCCAAUCAGCAGAUCACCUCUUUGCACAAACACACCCUUAUUCUUCACCAACCUGUCGGAUGACGAAUACAGGAAGAGCUUAGAGUCUCUCGUGUGACCGGUCUCCCCGUUUAGGUGCCCGUGGCCGGCUGCAGGCACCGUGUUUUGGUGGGUAGAGGUUCGGGGACUUUAUACAAUUCUUCUCCUUUAAGAGUUAAACUCAGAUUUCAAACUUGGGGGGAGGAAAAGUCAGGUUCCCUGCAGGUUUCCGUGCGGGUCCCGCCGCGACAUGUUCAUACAAAACAUUAAAAGGACAACAAUGGAGCAGAUUCUGCCAAGACACGGCUUGACUCCAAGAGUAAAUUGCAAGUUUUACCCGCAAAGGGGAGAAAAAAGUAACGGGAAGAUCACACGUUAGAUCACAAAAGAGUGACCUUUGGCAGCAGAGCAGAGUGUGAGCUCUGUUGGGCGGAUGAUAAGCAGCAGGCGAGGUCCCGGCGCAGACACAACGACUUCCAACCUCAUCGAGUCCGGUCACGGCUCGCAGACUCGGAGCACAACCGGCCUCUGUUCACCUCGCCCAUCGACAUCCCCCCCGCCCUGGGAAAGGAGAGCUGAUUCCAGAACCUCCCAGAUCUUUCCUCUCAAUAUCCUAAAUCAGGUUAUUUAUGUUAUAACGAAAUGAGAGAAAGAGCUGAAUAAUCUGAUAUUCUAGUUUUUCAUCUUAAAUAUUAACUCAUCUUCUCUUGUUUUUUAAGACGCUGACCGUUGAAGUUUUAGUUUCUCCUAAUCUGGAACGCAGGGAUCCGAGGAGAGGUGCUGGGUCUUGAUCUUGCGAGAGGGACAUUGCUUCCGGGUGUUCCGGAUCGGGCGGACGCGGUGAACAUGGGUAUUGUUCUUCACCUGCUGGCGUGCGUUUUUGGAACCGGUGCUUGGGUGGCUAUUAACGGGCUUUGGGUGGAACUCCCUCUGCUUGUGAACGAUCUCCCUGAAGGAUGGUACCUGCCAUCGUACCUCACCAUCCUCAUCCAAAUGGCCAACAUAGGACCUCUGUUUGUCACGUUGAUGCACAAGUUCAAGCCGGGCGUGCUCAGCGAGGUUUACGUGAUUUACUCGAUCAUCAUCCUGGGAAUCGUGGCCUCUUUUCUUCUGGCCUUUUUCUGGAGAUAUACAACAUGGAUAGCGGGAGAGCUUCACAGCACGGCAUUCCUCGUCCUGACGUUCUUCUUGUCUCUCGUGGACUGCACGUCGUCUGUAACGUUCCUGCCGUUCAUGGCCCAGCUCCAGCCGCAGUACCUCACUACGUAUUUCAUCGGGGAAGGGCUGAGUGGGCUCGUUCCAGGUUUAUUGUCCUUGAUUCAAGGCGUAGGGAUGAUGAAAUGCGUUAACACGACACAGUCCGAGAACGGGACGCAAGGCUCCCCCAACGCCUCCAGUGGACAGAACCAGCUUGAGACCCAGUAUCUCCCUGCUAACUUCUCAGUCCAAGUGUUUCUAUUCCUCUUAUCUAUCAUGAUGGUUUUCUGCCUGGUGGCCUUUAUCUUCUUGACGAGGCUCUCCAAGAAAGACACUUUGGACAAUUCCUUGCUCCAGAGCAGCAUCACCCUCAGCUCCUACUCAGCUAAUGAUAAUCUGAAUCUACCCUGCGACCAAGACAGCUUGGAACCAAAGAAACAAUCAGACAAUUUCCACCUGGACACCGCCGGAGAUCCAGAAGUUGGAAGGACAAAGUACUCGUACGGGCAGUACGCACUGAUAUACCUCCUCACCGGCUGGGUGAAUGCACUCACCAACGGAGUCCUCCCAUCCAUACAGACCUACUCGUGCAUGCCCUACGGUAAUCUGGCCUACCACCUGGCUGCAGCCCUGGGCUCCAUGGCUAAUCCUCUGGCCUGCCUGAUUUCCAUGUUCCUACCCAGCAGGUCUCUCGUCUGCCUCGUUUUGCUGUCUCUGCUUGGAACGGGAUUCGGAGGCUAUAACAUGAUGACGGCCGUCAUGAGUCCUUGUCCGGUCCUCCAGGACACGCGCUGGGGGGAAGCGCUCAUUGUAAUAUCUUGGGUUCUUUUCAUCGGGACGCUGAGCUACGUCAAAGUGAUGAUCGGCGUGAUCCUGCGCAGCCAGAGUCACAGCGCCCUGGUGUGGUGCGGGGCGGUAGUGCAGCUGGGAUCCAUGAUCGGGGCACUGCUCAUGUUCCCAUUGGUCAAUGUGUAUGGGUUCUUUAAAUCCGCCGACCUCUGCAACAUGAACUGUCCACAUUGAAUUCGCAAUCUUUAUCGUCUGUCCAUUGGGAGGCACAGACAGCUUCCUAACUGUUCUUUUUGUAUGAUUUUAUACGGCAACCCUCGUGGCUGCGAUUUGAUUGGCCGGCAGCGAUGCGAUAUCUGGCAUAAUGUUACAUGCACGCCGUACCGAUGGCAUGUCUGUUAUACUCGGCACCCCUGUGCAUUCUUACAAACCUCUGUCAAGCGAUGAUAAAUAAACUGUCCGCGUGUCUCAUC